GCUCAGGGAGAAGCUCUGGGUUGCACAGUCUGAAACGUAAAUAGUCAGCUCUGGCCCUUCACCGCCCUCGCACCCACUUCUGAUUGCACGAACUAUGUCCGCUACUGGUACAUAUCGCGGCACACCCAAGGACAAACCCAGAGGCCACAACCCUUUCCAAGCUCUCGAAAGUCCCUCGGGCAUUCCCAGACCCAAGCUAGAAUCAGCCGUCAGCAACGCACCCAGCGACAUGUCGACUCUCAGUGCCAGCAGGGCUAAACAGUCCAAGAGAGAUGAGGCCAUCCGGCGCAAGAUCGAAACAGAUCUCAACAAGAAGAGAGGCAAUCCAGCUCGCGCUCGCCAGACCCGCAAGGCCGCCCCUGGUUCCGUCCUUGCUCUCAGACCUAGCCAGGCUCUCCAAAUCAAGCCAAACACCACCGUCGCAGAAGCAGCUCAACUCAUGGCUGCCAAGCGUGAAGACUGCGUCCUGGUCACCGACGACGAUGAUCGGAUCGCGGGUAUCUUUACUGCGAAGGAUCUAGCGUUCCGCGUUGUCGGAGAAGGCAUCAAGGCCAACAGCAUCACCAUCGCAGAGAUCAUGACCAAGAACCCGCUAUGCGCCAAAACCGACACCAGUGCGACCGAUGCUCUUGACCUUAUGGUUCGUAAGGGCUUCCGUCAUCUGCCCGUCAUGGACGAAAACCACGACAUCUCUGGUAUUCUCGACAUCACAAAAUGUUUCUACGAUGCUAUGGAAAAGUUGGAACGCGCAUACAGCUCUUCAAGGAAGCUCUACGAUGCUCUCGAAGGUGUCCAAGCCGAACUGGGCUCCAGCCAGCCUCAGCAAGUCAUUCAAUAUGUUGAAGCCAUCCGUCACAAGAUGUCUGGCCCUACACUCGAGACUGUUCUGAGCGGCGUGCCACCUGUCACAGUAUCCGUCCGCACAUCUGUCAAGGAGGCUGCUGCUUUGAUGAAGGCCAACCACACCACUGCUGUCCUGGUAACAGACCAAGGAUCCAUCACUGGUAUCUUUACCAGCAAGGACGUUGUCCUGCGUGUUAUUGCUGCAGGACUCGACCCCAGUAACUGCAGUGUCGUCCGCGUCAUGACUCCUCACCCGGAUUUUGCACCUCUUGAUAUGAGCAUCCAGUCCGCACUCCGCAAGAUGCAUGAUGGACAUUACUUGAACUUGCCUGUUAUGAGCGCCGAAGGCGAGAUCGUUGGCAUGGUCGACGUUUUGAAGCUUACCUAUGCCACGCUAGAUCAGAUCAACAGCAUGUCGACCGGAGACAGCGAAGGGCCAGCCUGGAACAAGUUCUGGAUGUCUUUCGACAACGAAACCGAGUCGAUGAUGUCUGGCGAAGGUGGUAGUCGUCACCCACAGACAGAAGACGGGCGAUCUUUAGUGUCGCCAGAACUGUCCAGACCCGGGGUCGAUCGACUUGAUAGCGUUAUGCCCACCGACUCGGCUUCUCACACUGGCGGUCGUGAUUCACCCGAUCGAUCUGUGUUUACCGGAGCGGCUUCGUAUGAGGACGUUCCGUUCCCCUUCAAGUUCAAAGCACCCAGCGGUCGUGUGCACCGACUGCAAGUCGUGCCUUCAGCUGGUAUGAGCGAGCUGCUCAGCGUGGUCGCAGAGAAGCUGGGCAGCGAAGCUGAAGCCAUUGGAGGAGUGCCAACAUUCGAAGACGGUAAGCUCAGCCGCACAGGUUUCGCGCUGAGCUACUUGGACAACGAAGGCGAUACAGUCUCAAUAACAACAGACCGUGAUCUGUUGGACGCCAUCUCUCUUGCCCAACUGACACAACACGACAAGGUCGAUCUGUUCGUGCACGAUCCUGAAAAGGCGCCACUACCAGCAACACUUGCACCACAGCCCACACUACCAAGUGUGAUAGCAUCGGAAAGCCAAGUUCGUGAGAGAAAGGCGACCCAUAGCGAGUCUGACGAGGAGAGCGAGACGACCAAGCCCCGUAGAAGAGAGCGUACAGUAGCUUCGGCGCCAGCUCAAGAGCAGCUGAUUUCAGGUUUGCCGAACGAGCUGCUUUUACCCGGAGCAAUAGUGACUCUCGCUGUUGCCAUUAUCGGAGUGUUUGCUAUCUCAAGGAUGUCGAGCAAAUGAGGAAGAGAAUAAUUACGCAUUCCUGGACAGCAAUUUCUUUUACACGGGGCAGCGAUACCACUGAAGACUGUAGCUUAGUUUAAUUGAACAUUCCUUUGUAAAACAGACAACAGUGGUCUAUAGAGUCGAGCUCCAUGACACGAUUCACUGGACAUGAGUUUGAUUCAGAAGCAUUGUGAAGAUUAUAGUUUCUAGAUGUGUAUGCGUUUGGUGGGAAAUAGGAAAAGUAGGCUUCGUCUGAACAUCAAGGUUGAUCAAGAGUUGGAGGGGGAAGGAAUCAACAGGGGCAUGAAAGUGUGGAGAUCGG